CCGGCAGCGGGGCUCCGCCUCCGCGGAGGAUCCGCGGUGCCCGCCCCCCCCCCCCCUUCCCUUCGCGCCUGCGCGGCGGUUUCUGCGGCUGCGCGGCGAUGGCGGCGGGCCGGGGCGCGGCGGCGGAGGAGUGCGUGGGGCAGGUGGUGCUGCCCGGGGACGUGCUGCUCCUCCCCGGGCACCCCGAGGAGGACGGGGAGCGGCUGCGGCUGGGCGCCGGCGCGGCCCCGCGGGGCCGGCUGCUCUGCGGGCCGGGCCUGCGGCGGUGCGGGGCCGGGCUGCUGGUCACCAAGGGCGGGCUGCUGCGGCACCGCCGGGCGGGCGGCGCGGCGGCGGCGGCGGCGGGCGGCGCGUACUGGGUGGACUCGCAGCAGAAGCGGUACGUUCCGGUUAAGGGCGACCACGUCAUAGGAAUAGUGACGGCCAAAGCGGGAGACGUGUUCAAGCUGGACGUCGGCGGCAGCGAGCAGGCGUCACUCUCCUACUUGGCCUUUGAAGGCGCCACGAAGAGGAACAGGCCCAACGUGCAGGUGGGAGAUCUUAUUUAUGGUCAGUUCCUUGUAGCAAAUAAAGACAUGGAACCAGAGAUGGUCUGUAUAGACAGCAGUGGAAGAUCAAGUGGAAUGGGAAUAAUUGGACAAGAUGGCUUCCUCUUUAAAGUUUCCUUAGGUCUAAUAAGAAAACUCUUGGCUCCAAAAUGUGAAAUAAUCCAGGAGUUGUCACAAUUGUACCCAUUUGAGCUGGUGCUGGGAAUGAAUGGAAGAAUAUGGGUAAAAGCAAAAACAGUUCAACAGACUUUAAUUAUAGUAAAUAUUUUGGAAGCCUGCGAGUAUAUGACUGCAGAACAGAGAAAACAAGCACUUGCCAGAUUGUCAGGGAAUUGAUAAGAGAAAACCUUGAGGGUUUGUUAGAGAUGACUGAGGUGUUUUAGUUAUUUUUGUAUUCAGCUUUAUAUUAAAAAUCUUUUUUUAAAUUAAGUACUAGACUUUUGUUGUUGUUAUUCAGUUCCUUUCCCUAUUCACUCAGCUUAUUUUUGUCUUCUUUAGGAAAUUUGGUUUUACCCACUUUUGUGAUUACUAAACGCUGUUUAUAAAUUUUUUGGCUGAUGCGGAGAAGUCUUUAAAAGCUACCAUUAGCUGUGAGUUUUGAGGUGUAACUUCUUAAAUUGUCUUUAAGAAAACUUGUCAAUUUGUAAACUGCAUAUAUUUGCUGCUUUGGUCAUUAUUAAUAUUAGAACUUCAAACAAUACAUGUUUACUUGAGGUAGUGGAAAGUAUCCUGCAGGUCAUUCAUGCUGGUCAGGUGCUCUAUUUAUACGGUGACAAGAAGUGAUGAUUUAGUAUUUUACAAAAUUUGGGAGUAGAAAUGCAGGUGGAAAAUACGAGAAAAUAAUUACAGGGUGUGGCAUAGGGUGGUUAAGGCAAAUGAUCAGCUAAGACCCAGCGUAUGGUCACAGUGACCCUACCACUUUCCCUGAAAGAUAACCUGGCUAGUAUUAUUAAAGAAAUGGUGAUUAGGACACAACUUCAGUAUCAACAUUCAGGAAGCUUGAUGGCUCACUGAAGGUAAAAAAUAUACUUAACAACAAUGCUAUUUGAAGCCACUUGCAACUUUUUCAUGUGUGCUUUCAAACUAGAGAUUAGGUAAACAUCACUGCAGCAAUAGGCAUGUAUUUCUCAAUUCUAGACAUUUUAGAUUUAUUUUUUUUAGAGCACAAAGAUUAUAUCUAGCUUUGCAUCAUGUUAAACAAAAUCAGCAUUUCUAAAAAAAAAAAACCUCUAUUAGGUUUCAUUAUGUAGUAGUUCCUCACAUGCAUAUAGAGGAAAUGCUGUCCUAGAAAGGAUAAACUGUCAGUCUAUUUUAGUAUGUAAAUAGUUUGCUACUGUUUUGAAAGAGGAAGAGAAUGCUGGACUAAUGGCAGGGGAAUUACUGAUGCCUGCUUCCUGUGGGAUAAAAGUGGAAACAAAAUUCUUUCUAUUUAUUUCUUCCAAAGCUCAACCUGUGGUAUUUGAUGAUAUGGUUUUCUUUGGCAUCUUUCUCAUUUAGAAAUUGCUUCAGUUCAGAGCCACUCCUCUGAGUCAUCUUUUAAUAUGCUUACCUAGGGCUUCCCCUGAUUCAAUAAAAACACAACUCUAAUGGUUUCCAUGUGAGUCUAGUGGCUACAAUUCAGAAUUCUUCCUGGGUUUCACUGCCCUCACUACUUAGCAUUUAGGGUAUUGCUCAUCUGGCUUGGUAGAUUUGUAGUUGUCUUUUUUCACCUGUUCUCUCAGAUGAACUGA